UGGUGUGAGCUAGAAUCCAGUGCAGAGAUCGGUGGCAAAGCGCAAGACCUCAGGUACGGUCAUGGCUCCCCAAAAUGCCUUGUUUCUACUGGUUCUCCUGGCUGAUGCCAUCCAUGGACAACAACAACAACAGUUAAUGGAGUACAUGGAAAGAAGGCUGGCUGUCUUAGAGGAGAGGAUCUCCCAGUGGCAUGAUCAGAGUAGUCGUUACUCCAGUGAACUGAGGGAUUUUAAAAACAAGGUUGUGUCUAUGCUGGAGUCAGUGGAGAAAGAACGGGAAACAAUCCGGGCAGAGGUAGAAAACACAGCAGUGCGGGUCGAUCGGUUGGAGCGUGAGGUGGACUACCUUGAAACCCAAAAUCCUGCUCCACCUUGUGUGGAAGUAGAUGAGAAGCUUGUGGAAAAUCAGGUGUCCACAACAAAAAAGCGCAAGAAUGAAAAAUAUGACAAACUGACAGACUGCAGUGAUACUAUCUCCCAAGUGAAAGCCAUGAAGAUUCUAAAGCGUUUUGGCAGCACAGCUGGACUCUGGACCAAAGACCCCUUAGGGAAUUCAGAGAAGAUCUAUGUGUUUGAUGGCACCAGCAAUGAUACUGUGUACGUCUUUCCCAGGAUGAGGGAAUUCACACUCUUUUCUGCUACCCGAAAGGCAGCACGCAUCAAGCUACCCUAUCCAUGGGUUGGCACUGGACACUUGGUAUACGGAGGCCACCUUUAUUAUAUCCGGCGACAUGGUACAUUCCAGGUCAUCAAAUUCAGCUUAGCCAACAAGACUAUUGUUGAUAGCUCUGUCUUUCCUGCUGAAGAGCAGAUCCCUGUCUUCGGUCUUUCAUUUUACAACUACAUUGAUCUGGUAGCUGAUGAGGAAGGACUCUGGGCUAUCUAUGCCACACAAGAGAAUGAGAAGAACAUUGCAUUGGCCAAACUAGACCCUGCAUCACUCGACAUUGAGCAAAUGUGGGACACACCAUGCCCCCGUGAGAAUGCUGAGAGUGCCUUUGUCAUCUGUGGAGCCCUCUAUGUGGUGUACAAUACCCGGCUGCCCAGCCGGUCCCGUAUCCAAUGUGUCUUUGAUGUCAGUGGUUCUAUGGCAUCUGAAGAUGCUGCCCUGGUCUAUUUCCCCAAGCGGUAUGGUUCUCACUCCAGUAUGAAAUACAACCCCAAAGAGAGGCAGAUCUAUGCCUGGGAUGAUGGCUAUCAGCUCAUCUACCGUAUGGAGAUGAAGAAGAAGACUGAGGUCUGAGAAAGGCCAGAAGCACUGUUGGAGAGAGCAUCAGGGACAUGUUCCUGUGACUCUGCCACCCACUUACGCCAAGUGACUCUGCCACCCACUAUGGCAUAUUCAACUCCUGAGGAAACCAGUAGACACUGCAAGUGCCAGCUAGAGUAUUUUUUAAAAAGGUAGGAACAUUUGGGGAUAUGUAUCCCUUCCCAGGAACUCUGCUAGAUUAAAAGUGUUCUGCAAAUUAUUGGACACACACACUUUCCGUUUUUUCUUUAAAAAGCAGUUCAGUUUUAACUAGCUAAGCAGAAACAAAAACAAAUGAACAACAACAUGAAAAGAAAUGACAGUUUGCAAUAAAAAUGCAUAUAAUUUCUCUCCUUGUUUUUUUAAAAAAAGACUUCAAACAGGACAGAAAUUAUCUAUAUCUUUUAAUGCAACUGUCAUUCUUCUUUGUUUUUAGCGUAAGCAGUUAAAACUGAAAUAGCAUUUUAAAAUUAAAAUUUCUUAUCUACUAGAAACAUAUAUAAUGUUCCACCCAAUAAUUUGCAGAACAAUUUUAAUCAAGCCUAGUUUCUUGGGAGGGAUAUGUAUCCCCUAAUGUUCUCGUUGCCCUAUAGCUUAGAAAUCACACUGGCAUCUCCCAACUAGAGCUGCCAUUCUAUAGACUUUCUGCAAAAACACAUCCCAGCAGGAUUUUCAGUUCAUUGCCCAUAUGGGUGAGUGGGCAGGCACUCGUGACUCCAAGGCCAGACAACUAGAGUUUGCACAGCUAUAAAAGAUACUCCCAGCAGCUUUUGUUAAUUUAACAAGAGUGUAAAACAUAUUUUUCUUCUUGCUUUUCCUGCCCUUCAAAAGAAAUGUGUUUCUGGGAACUCAGAUGCUCUAAUUGGACAGUCCAGGUGGCAGUUUCCUGCUUAUUUGUUGUACCGUAUUAUUUCUCUUGCUCCUUUUUAAUGUCUCCUCUCAGUGAAAUCAGAACAUGUUUAUGCCAGACAUUCUUUGUUGCUGUUGUUGCAUGCAUGAGAAAAAGUAGCUGGUGUGGUCUGUUCCUCAUUGUGAGAUCUGUCCCUGAUUUGCAGUUUGCUUCAACUUUUCUUAGCACAAAAUUUUGUUUCUUAUUAAAGAGGCACUAAUCCUGUGAUUAGUCUAGCCAAAGAUAAUAGAAUAUGUUUUAGCACAGCUAUUGAGAUUGAUUUAUCUGAGCCUUACAGGAAGAACCUCUCUAUACAGGAAAUCAAGGCCACCAAAUUGGAGUUUAACUGAAGGCUUCCCAAACCAGGAAGCUUUCAAUUGUGUUACAUGUGUGAAAAGAGAGGAGAGAGGAGCACAUGAACCUGGCAAACAAGUCAUGUUUAUGCUAGUCAUGAACAAAGCAGUAUUUUUGAAAGUGGACACUGCAUCUUUCUUCAGUUUCCAGGAUUCAGUAUCUAUUGGUCUCUCUCCUUCUUCCCUUGAAAGUCAGUAAUAAAAGACUGUAUUUUGA